UGUCAGUGCAUCAGCAUUAAGAUCCAGUGCACAAUAGAUUCUCCUCUCAAUAUGAAGGUGACACUCAUCAUGGUCCUGAUGGCCGUCGUUGGCCUCUCCUCUGCCUACUCCCUUGGCGAUGUCUACGAGAAGCUCCAGCGUGUUGAAAGAGACAUCAGCGCCGGGAGUACCGGAAUGAGUGAUAGCAUGUCCUUGGAGAAAAUUGAGAAAAGAGACAUCAGCGGGGGGAGCGGAAGCAUGUCCGUAGAAAGAAUAGAGAAAAGAGACAUCAGUGGAGGAAGCAGUUCCUUGGAAAGCAGGGAGAGACGUGAUGCCUUCGCUGUCUCUCACGACCUCGAUCUGAGGCGCCUCAGGAGAAGCGCCAGCUCCGACAGUGGCAGCUACAGCAUUGAGGGUUAAGGAUUCCUCUGAGGACUACCACUCUUUCAACAAGGAUUCUGAUGUGACGGCGCUGACCUUUGGCAAACGACCUGACCACCAUUUGGCUCUGCUGAUUUCAAGCAGGAUAUUUCGAAGAACAUAAAAAAAAUUACAUUUGCUUCAGUAAGAUAUACAAUUGGGAAAACAAUAUUUUAGAUUUUCA